CGGCCGUUAAGGGGCUCUUCGCCGGAAGUGCGUGACGCCACCAGACCGGAAGUGGUCCUGCGGUGGGAGAAAGAGGAGCCUCGCCGAGCGGCCGUGUCAGAAAAGAAAAAGGAAAAAAGGGACGGGUAGGCCGUGUACCUGGCCCGGUAAUUGUGACCAUGUCUACGUGGAUAAUAUGCCGAAGAUUUUCAGGGCGAUCUUGUAAGACACCUGCAUUUCCCAAGAUGGAGAUCACGAAGAGCUUCCCCCAUGAAGAAGAGACCCAAAACAUCCAUAGAAGAGGCAGAGACCCCAAACCUGUCGUUGUGCUCAAAGCUUGGAAGCUGCCAGGGUACCAAUUAUGUUAUUAUCCCUCCAUUUUCCGGGAAUCGAAGUGCCUCCUUCCCAAGGAUGCCUUCAAAGGUUUGCGAGAAGGAGCGCUUCAAUACGUUUGUUCCAGAACUAGCAUUAGAUGCAUCCAGAAUGCACCCAACGUUCUCUGUCUGCCGAGGCUUUCAAGAGCAAAGAACGGUUUUCUAGAUUUGGGACACAGCAAAGCUUUCUGCACUCGGGCUUCCCCGAGGGACUCGUGGCUGCUGUCCUCCGUAAAGAAUGACAAAGACGAGGUCCGUUUAAAGUCUCCCGGCAGCAAGGAUGUGGCUAGACAAUUCCAGCAGCAAAGGCCCGGGUACCAAUCUCUGUGUUACAACCCAGAGGAGCACCGCCAGCCCCUUUCUGAUGAAGAAUAUCAUUUCAUCCUCCAGAACGUCUCCAUGUUGAAAGAGUACAUGAAACCCAAGGACAUCGUGAACUCUUUCUUCCGGCUGAGCCAUUUGCCGGCUGAAAAACACCAGGAUUUCAAAUCCAGCUCCAGAUUCGCGGUGCUGUGUCAGGGUGUCGUUAAGAACGCCCACCUGUUUGGGAACGUGGAGCUGAUUCUGCUUUUGAAGGCCUUUGUCGCCUUAGGCAUCCCGCCUAUCCAUUACAUGUUGAAAGUCAUAGAAGCCGAAUUCGUCCGACGAGUCGAGGACCUGAGCUUGAAUCAGCAGCUGCUGGUAGCCGAUCUGUGGCGUUGUUUGAGCUGCAAGGUCCCUCAGUAUCUGGACGCGAUGUUGAACGACGUCAGCAUGAACCGGAAGGAUCCGUCUGUGACCCAGUUGGUUCAGCUGGUCUACAUCGUCGGCGAAGGCCGGAAGGCCCCUGAAGAGUUAGUGAAGAAGUUGGAGGCCUGGGUCUUGAAACAUUUGCAUGCCCUCAAUCUGGAGGAAGUCGGGAUCAUCUGUUUAGGCUUCUUCAAGUCGCAAAGUAAUAUGUCCGAACCGCUCUCGAGAAAAAUCGGAGACAAAAUUUGUGGCUCCCUGGGAGACAUGAGCAAUUUUGCCAUCGUGAAUGUGCUCAAAAUGUUCCGUGGGGUUCACCUGGACCACCUGGACUUUCUGAAGGAGCUGGGGCAUGUUAUUCCUCCCAGAAUCUCCACUCUCAGCAUCCCGGGGAUCAUGCACAUCGCGUUUGCAUGCUCCUCGUUGCAUUAUUGCGACGAAGGCAUCCUGAAUGCUAUCGCGGCCACGGUCCCCUCCAAGGCGGCGGAGUGCCGUACCAAAGACAUUGCAAAAUUGUUGUGGUCUUUUGGAACCUUGAACUACCAUCCUCCCAACGGAGAAGAAUUUUACUCCAGCCUGUCGGAACAGCUGGAAUCGAGAUUGUUUGAAUACAAUAAAUUUCCUGAGCAUCUGAUCACUUCCUUAGUGGGGUUGGCCUUUGUGGAGCGUUUCCCUUACGAUUUGCUCGACUACGCGUUGAGUCCCGAGUUUAUCGAGUUAAGCAGCAUCUGUAAACACGAUCUCUGGAAAGAUUUUUUCACCCUCGACGGGACAGUGGGAAUCGAGUGCCCGGGCUACACCGGCAGCCGUCUGACCGCCCAAAGCAAGCAAGAGAUGGCGGAAAAAAUGCGGAAUUAUUUCUUGAAGCAUGAAUUCAACGUGGCUUGGUCCCUCCUGGAAGACGUGCUGGGCGGCCCCCAGUUUGUCAAGCUGCACGCGGUCUUGCCUCACAUCAGGUCUGUGGAUUUAGAAAUCCGUUUAGACGUCAACCGAAAGCCGUUGCCGUUUAAUUUGGAAGGCACGACGGAGGGGCGCUUGGAAUUGAAAAAAAAUGGCGCCUUCCUCACCGAUAACAUCAUUAAUCGGCUUUUGAAAGGGAAAUCGCUCAGCCAGCCCGGGAAAAGCAAGAAAGACCAACGUAUUCAGGAAAGGGCAGAAUUUCGCGGACUGCCUAUUUGGAAAAAAAUGGAAUUUUCCGAUGCUGGAUCCAGUUUGGAGAUUUCAGCUGAUGCCAAAGCAGAAGAACGACCUUGUCCAAGAAACCAGGAGGAGCAGGAAUGUCUGAAGUUAGCCCUUCAGGUCACCAACCGCAACCAGUACAGGUAUCACUCAAGGGAGCUGCUGGGACUCCACGCCAUGAAAAGGAGGCAGCUCCGCCAAAUUGGAUAUAUACCAGUAGAACUGCCUUUUUGGGAGUGGUUUCCGUUACUUAAAUGUAACCGGGAGGAACAGCGGAAGUAUUUGUACCAGAAAGUGUAUGAAGGGUAGCCAAAACAUUCCAUAGAACCAAAUUAAAAAUCCCUGUGGCGAUGACUUGAGUUUUUAGCUUUUGAGAUGACAUAGAUCAGGGGUGUCAAACGCGCUGCGUCACGGCAGCAUCAUGUGAUGUAUCGGGACUUUUUUUCCCCCUUCGCUAAACUGGGCGGGGCCAACACAUGACGCAUCUGGCCCGUGGGCCGUGACUUUGACACCCCUGACAUAGAGGGAAGCCCAUCUUCUGAACAACACUUGUAUUUCCCAGUUGUUUAAUUUCCGAUUUCAUUCCCUUUGCAAGGAUCCUAGAGAAUAUUUGAGGAGGGGGUAAUGCUAGCUUUCAUCAUGUCUCUUUGAAUGUGAAAGGAUUUCACUGUCAUCCGUAAGAAAAUAAAACGUAACUUCUAAUGCAGUUUCAUUUGACUUACGCUUCAUAAUUUCGCAAAGGAGCAGCCGUCAUAACUGAAAAAAAACCAAGGAAAGCAAAGCUUUGCGAAUAUUCAUUACAGCUUUGCGAAUAUUCAUUACAGCUUUGUGAAUUUUUAGUGUGUCUAUGUCUCUCUCUCUCUCUCUCUCUCUCUCUCUCUCUCU